AUGAAAGAUCCUGGGAGUUUCACCAUUCCUUGCUCUAUUGGAGGUGUUGACAUAAGGAAAUCCCUAUGUGAUAUGGGGGUUAAGAUAAGUUUGAUGCUCCUAUCCAUCUUCAAGAAGUUAGGAAUUGGAGAAUUAAGGCCAACUACAAUGACAUUGCAAAUGGCAGAUCGUUCUCUAGCGCACUCUGAAGGAAUAAUUGAAGAUGUACUGGUGAAAGUUGAUAAAUUUAUCUUACCCGUAGACUUCAUAAUCUUGGAUUAUGAAGCAGAUCGAGAUGUGCCCAUCAUUUUGGGUAGAACAUUCCUAUUCAUCGGACGGACACAUAUUGGCGUACAUAAGGGUGAAAUAAUAAUGAGGGUAAAUGGACAAGAGGUAAAAUUCAACAUCAUCAAGGCAUUGGAAUACUCGAAUGAAAUGAAUGCAUGUCAAGCAAUUGAUGCAAAAGACGAUUGGCCAUGUGAAACAAAUCUUGAAGGUGAUAUUGAAGAUGAAGAAACUGAAGUAGACAUAUAG